AUAUUAAUUCACAGAUUUCGCGCCAUUUAUUCCCGCUGGUUUUGUUUCGGAUUCCUGCUCUCGUCUUGUCAUUUUCUUUGUGGGUUCACCGACAUAUAAGCGUCGUUAUCUAUUUUACAUUUAUUUUCACAUAUUUUAGAUCACUACAUAGAAUUCAAAUACAAUGUUCGAAGCACGCCUUCUCCGAAGCUCUAUACUUAAAAAGGUCUUAGAAGCUAUUAAAGACCUACUCACACAGGCCACAUUCGACUGUGAUGAUAAUGGCAUUCAACUACAGGCUAUGGAUAAUUCCCAUGUAUCACUUGUCUCCCUUACUCUCCGAGCAGAUGGAUUUGACAAGUACAGGUGUGACAGAAACAUCUCAAUGGGCAUGAAUCUAGGAAGUAUGUCAAAAAUCCUAAAAUGUGCUGGUGACAAGGACACAGUGACUAUGAAAGCGCAGGAUAAUGCUGAUACUGUCACAUUUGUCUUUGAGAGCCCAAACCAAGAGAAGGUGUCUGACUAUGAGAUGAAACUCAUGAAUUUGGAUUUGGAACAUUUAGGCAUUCCUGAGACUGAAUACAGCUGCACUAUUCGAUUGCCAAGUGCAGAGUUUGCCAGAAUCUGCCGUGAUUUGUCACAAUUUGGAGAGUCCAUGGUCAUUUCAUGCACCAAGGAAGGUGUCAAGUUCUCAGCCACUGGUGACAUUGGUUCUGCGAAUGUGAAGCUGGCGCAGACUGCUUCUAUUGAUAAGGAAGAGGAGGCUGUUGUAAUCGAGAUGGAUGAGCCCGUAACACUUACAUUCGCCUGCCAAUAUCUCAACUACUUCACUAAGGCCACAUCUUUAAGCCCACAGGUCCAACUGUCCAUGUCGGCUGAUGUUCCCCUGGUGGUAGAGUACCGUAUUCAAGAUAUCGGCCAAAUUCGAUACUAUCUGGCUCCGAAAAUUGAAGAGGAAGACAGUUAAGAUUUUUGUCAAAAGCCUAAAUCAAGUUAAAAAGUUACACUUGAACGUGCCUAAUUUUGAAAGCGAUUAUGUUAUACUAAAUUAAUAAUACAAAUUUACUUAUUGCUCCUUGUGUUCAAGCUCACUCAUUUCAGUAUCAUGUACAUUUUCUAGUUUGGUAUUAUUUGUACACUGUGUGUAUUACUGUAACAUUGUGAUAAUAAUGAGAAAUGUGAGAGGGUAAUUAAAUUUAUUUUCAACUUA